UACAGCCUAGCCACCUCAUCGCCAGUAGUGCAGUACAGUGCAGUGCAUGCAACCGCCGGCUAGGCCGGGCGAUCACGCAACGGUACUUGUUUAGCGACGACGUUCUCGCUCACGUAUUCCGGGUUAGUUCACUGAUUCCUGAUGAUUUCAUUAUUAUGGCGCCCAUCAAGGGGAACACUGGGGGAUUCAUAAGGAAUUUCUGUUUUGGAUUAUUCUUUGGAUGCUGUAUAACUUACGCCACAGUGAAAUUUUCACGGUCAAACGUGCCUCGAACUUCGACUAUCAUUGACUCGGAUCCCCACCGUAAAGACUCGCUGCUGCAGCCCGACGGGCAUGUUGUCGUGGACGAAGGGAACAGAGUGCUGGAAAGCGAACUGAAACAUUUUGAAGACUCUCAUCAUCAUGAAUUUGUGGGUCAGGAUGCCAUUGCACAAGUCCUCUAUGAGAAGGUUCGUAUUCUUUGCUGGGUGAUGACAGGACCUCAAAACAUUGAUACAAAGGCAGUUCAUAUCCAUGCCACUUGGGGAAAGCGGUGCAAUAAGGUCAUUUUCAUCUCCUCCGAACCAUCGGACAAAAUCCCCAUCGUGAAGGUAGCGACUCAAGAAGGGCGGGAUUUCCUGUGGCAGAAAACUAGAGGAGCUUUCCAAUACAUCUACGACAAUCUGCUGAACGAUUACGACUGGUUCCUGAAAGCAGAUGACGACACAUUUGUCAUCGUUGAGAACCUGCGCUACUUCUUGUUGAAGUACAGCCCAGAUACGUCGAUUUACUUUGGUCACAAGUUCAAGCCCUAUGUGAGGCAGGGGUACAUGAGUGGAGGUGGUGGAUACGUGACCAGUAGACAAGGUGUGAAGAAUCUGGUAGAGAUCGCCUUUAAGGAUCCCAAGAAAUGUUGGGGUACGGACCACAGGGGUGGUGCGGAAGACGUCGAGAUCGGCAAGUGUCUUGAAAACGCGGGUGUGGUUGCUGGGGAUUCUAGAGAUGCCUUGCAAAGAAAUCGUUUCCAUCCGUUCCAACCUGAGGCACAUCUCAAUCCCAAUGGCCUUCCUGAGAACUUCUGGUACUGGAAUUACAUCUAUUAUCCACGAAAUGAGGGUUAUGAAGGAUGCUGCUCUGAUUACUCUGUAACAUUCCACUACAUCCCACCCGCCGCGUUGUACAACCUGGAAUAUCUUGUGUACCACCUGCGCCCCUUUGGCGUGGGAACGUUCCCGUGUCCAGUAGAUGUACCCAAAGAGAUCCUCCAAGAGGCACGUUCAAGGCAGCAAUCGCAGCAUCGAGGAGAGCAAUUGCCGCAUCAAGAACAGCCACCUGAGGAUCAGGAGGAGAAGCGUGCGGAGCAAGGAAAAGAGUCGGGUCAAGAAAAGCAGGAGGAAGCAGGACAGGAGGAGCAAGGGAGCCAGGUGAAACAAAAGGAAUCAAAAGUUGAAAAUGAGCAAAAGGUUGUCGACAAACCUAAAGAAACGGAAGCAAAAGAAUCAGAACCAAAGAAAGUAGAAACAAAGGAAACAGAACAAAAUCCUGAUGAGACAGACAAAAAUAAAGAAGACACCGUUCAAAAGCAAGUGGACGUAAACGGAACUGAUGAUAAAAAGGUUCCUGUUAGAUGAUCAAGGGCUGUUAAAUUAGAGUGUAUUAUGAAUUAAAAAUUCCAAGCGAGAAUUAAUCAUAGAAUAUUUAUUUUAUUGCAAUAUUUUCCUCACAACAUAUGAUCUAUGUUUAUUGUGAGAGAGUAUAUCAUCCUAUAACGUGAAAUGCAAUAAUCAAGGUCAACAAAAUAUUUGUUUAAUUGGAUGAA